AUGAAUGAUAACGUAAAUUGUUCAAAUUUGGAUAAUUAUUCAAUAAUACCUGCUAUUUUAAUUGAAGACUAUUGUGAUUCACAAGCACUACAUGGAAAUUCCGGUGAACGAACUCCAAUAAGUAGUCAUGUUGGAUCAAUAACAAGUGAUGAAUUAAGUGUAACAAGUAGUCAAACAAGUCAAAAACAAAAAUCACAUUUAUCUGGUCGUAAAUUACGUUUAAGAUUACAAGCUUUAUUGCGAUCAAAAACAGAUAAACAACAAUUAAAACAACAGUCUAAUGAAAAAAAUGACAAUAAUACCAAUGAACUGAUCACUGGUUCAUCUGCAUAUACAAGUAAACACUUAGGAACUGAUGUUUAUGAUGGUGCAAAAUCAAUAAAUUAUGAUGCAAUACCACCAGUGCCAAAAUUUCAUGAAACCAGUCCUGAGCACAAUUCUGAAAAUGUAUUUAAAUAUAGUAAUAGGGCUGAUGGUCAUAAUGAAAAUGAAGUUGUUGAACAUGAAAGGAAGGAAGAUGGAGAAUCAUCAAUAUCGUUGUCUUAUUCUAAUAAAUAUAAGAUGAAAAAUAUUUAUCAGACUCAACCAAAACAUCAUGCUGAUCCGUUGUAUGAAAAACAUCAUGUUAUUUUAGAAGAAAAAGCACUAAUGAAUACUGCAAAUAACUUUUCUACUGGAGGACAUCAUGGUCAUCAUCAUCAUCAUCACCACCACCAUCAUCAUCAUAAAACGCGAUCAAAUAAAAAUUCACCAUCGAAUUCACUAAACGUUUUACAGAAUGACAAUUCUAAUUCCUCUACAAGUAAAAAAACAACUGAGAAAAAUAAUUCGGCUAUGUGGGGUCGCGGAUCUGGUCUAGCCAACCUAGGACUUAAUACGACAGCUACAGCAAAUCGUAAAACUCAUCCUCAUACAGCGGUUGAUUCAAGGGAUAAAACGUCUAGUAACCGUGAAGAUAUAUCCUCAGCAUCGAAUUCCGGAGCAAGUGGACAAAGUAGCGUUCAUUCAAAUAUUCACCGACCAGGUCAUCCUGCCUUUUUUGUAAGCGGAAAUGCAACACCAAGUUGUGAACCCCCGGUGGUCAUAUCAUUAGAAGGACCAGUUAGUCCUAAUGCAUAUGGACAGCAGAGUUCCGAGCCGAAAACCGUACAAACAGUACAUUCACGUUUUAGGCAGUUUUGGGUAGAGACAUUUGUUGGGGGACGUUCUAGAACGAAAUCUGAAAAUCAAACUCCUUUGCAAGCUGAGAGUCAUAAAGUGAGAUUUUCUGAUCGCCUAAAUGAACCAUUAGACCCAGAAAUGGACGUCUUACCGCCUCAUGCAUAUACAAUAACUGGUGGUUCAAGUCAAGCUGCUUCAAUCCUACGACCUUUGGCCGUGUAUACUAACCUUUCUGGUCCUCACUCAGAUCAAGUAUCCCCACGAUUUAUCUCAUCUGGUACUGGUAGUCUUCGACGACUAGUAUCUAAAAAUCAUCGGGGUGGGGCAAAUGGAAUGUCAAUUACACCUCCAGCAUUUUCACUAUCCCAUCAAAGCGAUAAAUUUUGGUGGUCAAAAUCUCCUAUUGGACGAAAAGAACGUUUUGUUUCUACCGGUAAUAUAACAGGGAAAAGUUCGGAUGACCUUUAUAUACAUCCAAAACCCUCUAAACUACCUCGUGAACAACCAGUUAGUAGUUUGGAAUUUACGACUUCACGAUUGAAAAAUCCGAAGAAGAAUUUUCCUUUAAAAACUAGUUUGGAUGUAUUACGCAGGAAAAGAGCUGGAAGUUUAAGUGGAAGAAUAGUCGACCGAAAAAGUCUAACAAUAUCACCUCAACCACAUAGAGGAUUUAUAAUGGAGCAUUUUUCCAGAUCAGAGGAGAAUAUUGUUUGUGAAACAGAUAAACCACGAAUAAAAGUCUCAAGUUAUAAUGCCACUGAACCUUCAAGUGCUAAUUCAGCUUCUAGUGUUCUAGUAACAGGACCAUUGAAUGAAAUUUCACAGAUUCCAGAGAAAAAUGAAUUAAAAAGUCAUGAUCUUGGUCAUCAUCAUCAUCACCAUCAUCAUAAUCAUCAUCAUCAUCACCACCACCACCAUCAUCAUCAUCGUCACAACAAUCAUGGUCAUCAUCGUAACCGAGGUCUAACGCAUACAAUGACACGUGUAGUAGAAAGUAGACGAUAUUUAAUGUUCACAAAAUCACUACCAUUUUGGUCAGCUAAACAAUAUAUGGAAACACAUGGAACAGGAAUGGGUGAAUCAGAAACUUAUGCUAUAUUAUUUCAACAUACACCUUGUUAUGAUCUGGUUCCAGAUAGUGCAAAACUUAUUUUAUUGGAUAGUCAAUUAACUAUAGGUAAAGCAUUUAAAGCACUUAUUUACAAUGGUAUACGUGCUGCACCAGUGUGGAAUUCAAAAAAUCAAAAUUUUAUUUCAAUGCUUACUGUAACUGAUUUUGUACAAAUGUUAAAUUAUUGUUGGAAUCAAACUGUACCAUCGAAUAUUGAUGAAUUGAAGAAUAUACAAAUUGAUGAUGUGGAUCAAAUAACAAUACAGCAAUGGAAAGAUAUGCUCAUAGCUGACAGGACACAUCGUUUAUCAUUACAAAUUACAUCGUCUACUGGUAAAAAUGUGGAAAAAUCAAUGAAUAAACCGCAUACUAGUGUUAAUUGUACAACAUCUUGGCCACCGUCAAUCAAUACAUCGUCGUCGUCAUCAAGUUCACGGUUAGCAUCUAGUAAUGGCGACAGCGAUAGUAAUAGCGGUAGUAGUAAUGACAGUGGGAGUGAUAGCAGUAGUAGUAGUAGUAUUAGUAGUAGUGGUAGUAGGAGAAGCAUCAGCAGUCGUUCUAGUACAAAGUCAUUAUCGUCGGACCUUCCAGUAAUACAAUUAUCAUCUACCAUAUCAAAUCAAAAUUUGUCAGACAAUACAGUGAAAUGCACAUUGGAUGAUAAUGAAAACAAUGUUGGCGAUGUGGAAAUGAGAAGUCAAAUUGAUAACACUUCUAUCAAUAAAAACAACCAAACACUAUGUUUUCUAAGUAAACCAACACAGAAUAUUUUUCCUGUACGUUUACUUAUCUGUGAUCCAGAAGAAUCUAUUUUUAAAGCUUUACGAUUAUUGUUAAGAUUUCGGUUACAUCAUUUGCCAAUUAUGGAUUCGCCUUUCGAUGGAUGUGGUAAUAUAUUGUAUGUACUUACUCAACGUAAACUAUUGACGUAUAUGUUUGAAAAAUUGAAUAAAUUACCUCAACCAAGAUUUUUACAAUCAAGUUUAACAGAUUUGAAUAUUGGAACGCAUGGAUUCAUUUUAUUGGUUACACCAUCUACUCGUCUAGCUGAUGCACUUUUAUUAUUUCGAGAGAAUUGUGUAACUGCUUUACCAGUUGUAGAUUCAAUAACUAAUCGUCGUUUAGUUAAUAUAUUUUCAAAAUUUGAUGUAUUCACUCUCGUAUUAAAUGGAACUUAUAAAGAUCCUAACUUGACCAUUCAAGAAGUACUUGAUAUAUGCAAGACAAACACAAAAUCUAUGGAUGAGACACAAAGAAAACCACCUGUGGAAAUAUGUCUUGCAUCAAACAACUUACUUUAUGUAAUGGAAAAAUUAGUUAAAACAGGGUACCGUAGUCUUGUAAUUGUGAAUAAUACAAAUGAUUAUCGUGUAGAUGGUAUAAUUAGUUUAUCUGAUGUAUUACGUUUUACUGUCUUACAACAAUUACGUAUAACUUCAUCAAGAUCACAACCACCAUCUGUAGCUGAAGUUGUUGAUGAACGUGAUGAAUUGAAUCAAGAUGGAAAACAAAAGAAAAAGAAAAAAUUAAAAAAAGAAAAAUCAUUUGACACUAAUAAUUUACUAUCAACUUGUUCGUCAGAAACAAUUAUAAAGAGUAACAAUAAUAAUAAUAAUAAUAAUAAUAAUAAUAAUAAUAAUAAUAAAGGCUCGAUUCCAUCACAUGAUACACCAAUCAUAUGUACAUUAAAUUCUACUCAUUCUAAUACUACAGUAAACACUAUUAUAACAACGAAUACUACUAAAACUCCUAUAACUAUAACAACAGUCACUGGAGGUGUUGGAUCUAGCCCUGAGCAUAUAAAUACUUCAUCUAGUCAUACUAUUAUUGAUAAUGUGAAAAUAAACAAAUCUAUUAAAUCUUCUAAAUUAUCUAAAAAUCGAUUGGAUAAAUCAAAAAUUAAUUCAUUAAAAUCUGACAAUACCAAUACUUCGAUCAAUAUUGAUUUAACAACAAAUAAUAAAAGUAAUAAUAAUAAUUUAUGCUCUGAUCAAAUAAUUCUAUCAACAGUUGUAUCAGAAAAAAUUACUUAAAUCAUUUAAUAAUCAAUAUUUUCUCCCUGAUUGUUUACUGAUAAUAAUCAGAUGAUGAAAAAUUGAAUUAAAGGAAGUAUUCGCAUUUCUUAUCAUCAUCAUUCUAAACAUUAACAUAAUAGAUAGCCAAUACAUAGAUACAUACAUACAGUAUACAUUCUGAAUGAAAAAAUGAUCAAGGUCCAAUGUAAUCAAAGCUUUUUGUUAUAUAAUUCUGUAUAUAUUCAUAUCAUAGUAAUCUAAAACAAACAAACAAAAAGACAUGUUUAUAACAAGAAAUUACCUUCUCUUCUUUUAUAAUCUUAUUCAUCGGCUUUAUUUCUUUAUUAUACAAAAACAAACAAAAAAAUAGUAACAAAUUAACUAAGUGGAAAAAUCUAUUUUAUCUUUCAAAAAAUAACACAUUUUUAUUAUCAGGGAUAAUAUUGAUCUAAAUACACCUAUAAGAGAUUGGGAUUGUUGAGUAUAACAAUCAAUUUUAUUCAAUAUGUUUAUUACUAAAAUACUGAUAAUAGUUGGAUAUCAUCAGCAUUGUUAUUGAAAAUAAUCUACUCAAGUCUUUCAUGAUUAUGAUCUGUUCAAUGUGAGUGUGUGUGUGUGUGUGUAUGUGUAUGCCUACUUCUUUCUAUCAUUAUUUUGCACACAAUUAAUGUCAAUGCAAAAAAAUGAAAGGAAAUAAACAAUCCAUAUACAAGUAGCAUAGUGUUUAGGUUGUUGCAAGAAGCAGAUAGAGAUAGAUAGUCAGAUAGAGAUGAGGAGAAGAGAAAAUAUUUCUAUAGAUAAGUGAAAAAAAUUGUACAACUUACUAUAUUUUCUAUUUUAUCGAUUGUUUUUCUUUUCUCAUUGCUUUGCGUUCGUUUGUUUUUUUUUUCAUCCCAUCUACUAUGCAAUUUCUUUGUUGUUCUCUCAAAAAUUCACGUCAUCAUUAUUAUCGCUUAACUUUUGCCUUCAUUACUUGAUCGUAAUUCUUUACUAUUGUAGAUGUUGUAAUCGUUAUAAUUGUUACUCUAAUAAUAAUUAUUAUUGUUUUGAGGUUCUUUCAAAUUCAGAAAUCUUAAAUCCUAUGGUUCUUCAAAACAAGAGUUGUGUAAUUUGUUUUUUUUAUCUGAUUGUUCUUUCUGAUUAUUAUUUUAUUUUUUCGAAAAGGCUUUAUUUCUUCAAAUAUAUUUAAUUCUGCAUUGGGCA